UUGAAAGCUUUAACUACCUGCUCACUUUUCUCCCCACAGCCUUCCCACCACUGCUCCAUCAUGUGGCAUCCAGUCUCGUGGACACCACGUGCCCAGUGGUCACCCAGGCACCUAAAGCUGGUCACUGUCUACGUGCUGGUGCUCUUGGUGUCACUCAGCUUUGCUGCAGGACAGAGCAGGCUGUUUAAACAUCAGAUAGACAACAGGAGCCCAGAGAUCGACCCCUUCUGGUACGUGGGCCGUGGCGUGCGCCCCAUCGGCCGCUUCGGGAAGAGGCAGCUGAGGAGCAGCCGUGGCAGCCCCAGGCCCCUGAGCAGACACCUGGGUUUCAUCCUGAACGCCCUGUGGGAGCAGAAAGUGUCAGACACAGAGGACGACGACUGGUGA